AUGACUUCUAAAGCAUCAUCUCCUCUUUUUUUUCCUGAAUCUUCAUCUUCUAUACAGCCUGCAGAUGAUGCACUUGAGUCGGGAAAUACAACUCCUAAAGCAUCUCUUCAAUUCGGUGCUUCAUCUCCAUUGCUUUAUACGUCAUCUCCACAUAAAAAAAUGACACCACAUCUAUCUACUACUUACAGCCAGCAGUCAAUAAAGAGUAGUUUUGGAAGUCAACUAUCACAUUCAAGUACUCCUCGCAUGAUACGUCGUGGAGAUAUUCAUCCUCGAAAUAUUUUAUCAACUCCAUUUCAACGGAUUUCAGGUACACAGGCUAGCUAUGCAACAUCAGAUACAAAUACAAUGAGUGUAUUUGACCCUGUAUCUGAAAAUACAUCUGAAACUGUCCGAGUUAUAUGGGGGACAAAUGUUUCUAUUCAAGAGAGCAUGAAUACAUUUAAAACAUUUCUUAAACAGUUUAGAAAGAAAUAUCGAAUGGCAUUUGAUGGAAAUACAGUAGUGGACGAAACUGGCGAAGAUUUGAUGUAUGACUUGGAUUUAACUAAUUUAAACAUUGAUGCACGCGAUCUUGAAUCUUAUCCUCCAGCUAAAAAACUUACUUAUCAAUUGCAAGCGUAUCCUCAGGAGAUUAUACCCAUUAUGGAUCAAACAGUUAAAGAAUAUAUUCUUGAUACCUUGAUAGAUGAUCAUGCUACUGAAACAGAAAUUUCAAAAGUAGAAAAUAAUAUUUAUAAAGUAAGACCCUUUGGUCUUUCUAAAACAAUAAAUAUACGGGAUUUGAAUCCUAAUGAUAUUGAUAAAUUAGUGAGUAUUAAGGGGUUGGUUAUUCGUGCUACCCCUAUUAUUCCAGAUAUGAAGCAAGCAUUUUUUCGAUGUGAUGUUUGUCAUCAUACGGUAAUUGUUGAAAUUGAUAGAGGCAGAAUAUCUGAGCCGACUCGCUGUCCUCGUGAAGUUUGUUCUUCUGAUAAUUCUAUGCAAAUUGUACAUAAUAGAUCAGAGUUUGCCGAUAAACAAGUUAUAAGACUUCAAGAAACACCUGAUGAGGUACCAGAUGGACAGACUCCUCAUUCUGUUUCUUUAUGUGUUUAUGAUGAAUUGGUGGACUUUGCAAAAGCAGGUGAUAGGAUAAAGGUGACUGGCAUUUUUCGUUCUGUUCCUGUUCGUGUAAAUUUACGUCAAAGAACUAUUAAAUCACUCUUCAAAACAUAUUUUGAUGUUGUGCAUAUCCAGAAAAUAGACAGUCGAAGAAUUGGAAUAGAUCCUUCGAUUCUUCAAACAGAAAUUUCUGAAUUUACUUCUACAAAUCUUGAAGUUCGCAAAUUUCUUGAAGAAGAUGAAGCAAAAAUAAAAGAUUUGGCUAGGAAUCCAGAUUUAUACUCAAUUUUGACGAAAUCUAUAGCACCUAGUAUUUAUGAAAUGGAUGAUGUUAAAAAAGGAAUAUUACUUCAGCUUUUUGGCGGUUCAAAUAAAGAAUUUGUUAAAGGGGGGGCUCCACGGUUUAGAGGUGAAAUUAAUGUGUUGUUAUGUGGAGAUCCUUCUACUUCUAAGUCUCAACUUUUGCAAUACGUUCAUAAAAUUUCUCCUCGAGGAGUUUAUACAAGUGGAAAAGGAUGUUCUGCUGUUGGAUUAACAGCUUAUAUUACCCGUGAUCAAGACACAAAACAAUUGGUCUUAGAAAGUGGUGCUUUAGUUCUCUCUGAUGGUGGUAUAUGUUGCAUUGAUGAAUUCGAUAAAAUGUCAGAUUCAACAAGAUCUGUUUUGCAUGAAGUUAUGGAACAACAAACUAUUUCUAUUGCAAAAGCUGGAAUAAUUACUACCUUAAAUGCUCGUACAUCUAUUUUGGCAUCUGCAAAUCCUAUUGGUAGCAAAUAUAACCCAGAUUUAUCUGUUCCUCAAAAUAUUGAUCUUCCUCCUACUUUACUAAGUCGUUUUGAUUUAGUAUAUUUGAUUUUGGACAAAAUAGAUGAAUUUAAUGACAGACGGCUAGCUCAUCACCUUGUUAAAAUGUAUAUGGAGAAUCAAGUAGUUGAAAGUAAAACCUCUUUGAUUUCAUUUGAGUUACUGACUUUGUACAUUUCUUAUGCUAAGCAAAAUAUUCAGCCAGUUUUAAAUAAAGAAGCUGCAGAUGAAUUGGUUAGGGCUUACAUUGAAAUGAGAAAGCUUGGAGAGGAUAUUAAAGCAUCGGAAAAACGGAUUACAGCAACGACUCGGCAGUUGGAAAGUAUGAUUCGUUUAAGUGAGGCUCAUGCAAAAAUGAGAUUAAGUAAUGAAGUUACUUUGCAAGAUGUACAAGAGGCUACACGCCUUAUGAAGUCUGCUAUUAAAGAUUAUGCUACUGAUGCAUCUGGGAAAAUAGACAUGGAUCUUAUUUAUACAGGAGAAGGUGUUGUACAGCGUCGUGCCAAAGGUGAUCUAAAGCGGGAAUUGUUGAAAUUGUUGGAAGAAAUGACAGUACAUGGCAUGUCUGUCAAGUUUGUUGAUCUUUUUAAGAAAUUCAGUGAGCAGAGUACUAUAGAUGUUAAUUUAAAUGAAUUUAAUGAAGCAUUGCGAUCUCUUGAGGCUGAUGAUUAUAUUCGGAUUCUAGGCGAAGGUUCUAAGCGUAUUUUACGUAGAGUUUUUUAGUAAAGACUAGCGCAAGGC